AGCGCGACCUCUUGCGACGAUCGGUAGGUCGUUUCUGCGCCAUAUUGUUUUUCACAUUUGUAAAUAGGUACGCUUUCGGUAUCGAGUAUUAAAUAGGAGAAAUGGUUCCAGUUAGUAGACUCGGAUGUUUAGUCAGAAAAUUCGGUACUUCUGCUCUAAGAAGAGGUGGACACGAUGAAGGAGGAUAUGCAGGAGCGAAUUUGCCUUUUCCAACCCAUAAUAGAUUUCUUCUAACUGGCUUAUUUAUUUUAUUUUUUGGAAGUGGUUUUGCUACACCAUUCUUAUUAGUUAGAUUCCAAAUGUUGAAGAAAUAAAUGAUGAUGCUAGAAUUAAAGAGGAAGUUAGUAAAAGUUUUGGAAUCUAACGUUCUGAAAAGCAAUCCAAAUGUAUUUGGAACAAUUAUUAGAUAAUUUUCAUUGAUACAGUUUGAAUAGAAAUGGAAAAUAGUCUUUUGUUUUCGUUGUAUAUUGUAAACGAAUAAUAAUAAAAUGUACAAAAAUAAAAUA